AUGGAGAAGGGCACCACAAGGGCAUAUGACAGAGACAUGUACGUCCUGUCGGACGCUCACAUAACGGGAUCGUCUGUUGUAUCAAGGCCCCAGGAAGAUGGCACGUCCGUUGCAGGGCCGUUACGGUUCUCGGGUGCACUCAGCUAUUCGAUUAGCUGGAUUAGAGAGAAUACUACUCACUCACACAUUCAAUCAUCACGUGGGAAUACCGUGUCCCUCGCGAGUGUCGCUGGUCUGCCAUACGCAGAGCAGGGUGCGAACAUAAGACAAUAUGCAGUUUUCUUCGACGACGAUGAGGGUGGAGAGGCAGACCUCGAUGCCUGGGUGGUGACGGAGCGGACUACGGCGAAGCCGACAGCUCCAUUCACCACAUAG